AUGCUCGGCCUGCUCACCGCGCUGGACACGCUCCUCGCCGCGGCUUUCGGCGCGGGAAACUUCGAGGCGUACGGCGCGUGGACGCAGACCGCGAGCGCGGUGGUGUCCGCGCUGUCGAUUCCCGUCAGCGUCUUCCUCGGCGUCGCGACGACGCCGCUGCUGCUCGCCAUCGGCCAAGACGCGACGCUGUCGAAGCUCGCGGGGCGGUACUGCGCGCACCUAACGUGGGGACUCCUGCCGUACUACCUCUUCAUCGUCGCGAUGAAGUUCAUGCAGACGCAGCGCGUGUUGGCGCCGCCGGUGUGGAUAGCGGUGAUCGCCAACGUCGUCAACGUCGGACUCAACUACGCGCUCAUCUACGCCGCGGACUUGGGGUUCGACGGCGCGCCGAUCGCGACGAGCGCGUCGCGGUGGUUUCAGUUCAUCGCCGGGAUGACGUACUUGCUGUCGCGGCCCGCGAGCACGGCGAAGACGCGGCCGAGGUCGUUCAUCGGAUGGCGGCGGCUGCGGAGAAGCGUCGUCGCGUUCGCGUCGCUCGCGGGGCCGGGACUCGCGAUGCUCAUGAUCGAGGCGUGGACGUUCGAGAUCACGACCAUCAUGGCGGGGUACCUGGGCACCGUCGCCCUGGACGCGCACCUCACGAUGCUGCAGCUCGCGACGUUUUCGUUCCUGUCGCUGCCGUUCGCGGUGGCGGCGGCGGCGACGAUUCGAAUCGGCGCCGCGCUCGGGGGCGGCGACGCGGCGGCGGCGAAAGACGCCGCGGCGAUCACCUUCGCGGUGUCCUUGGGGUUCAUGGCCAUCUGCGGCGUGAUCUUCGCCGCGUGCGCGGAUUACUUGGGGUAUCUGUUCACGGACGACGAGGAGGUGGUGAGAGCGGUGGCGGAGAUCGCUUACAUCGCCGCGUUGUUCCAGCUCGCGGACGGCGGCCAGGCGCGUCAACGCGGCGCCGCCGGCGGCGUCUUUCGCGGGAUGGGCAAGCAGCUCACGGUGAUGAAGCGGAAUCUUCUGGGGUUCUGGGUCUUGGGCCUUCCCGCCGGCGGGCUGCUGUGCUUCGUCGCGGGGAUGAGACUCCCCGGGCUGUGGUGGGGGCUGACCGUCGGGCUGAGCGUCACGACCGCGAUCAGCGUGGCGCACCUCUCGAUGAUCGAUUGGGAGCUCGAGAGAGACCUCGCGAUCGAACGCGGGUUGAAAAACGGGAGCCGGGACGGCGACGGCGACGCCGACGGCGGCGACGACGCGGACGACGACAACGUCGUCGCGGAGGCGGCGUGCGUCCGCGGCGAGCGCGAGAACGGCGGCAAGUACGACAACGUAGUGUGAUCGGAGCACGGAAGUACGUACAGUACAGUAGCAUCGCAUCGCGUCGAUGAUAGGGCUACUAGGGCUACUAGGGAUACGUAGGCGGAAGGACAACUUCUUUACUUGACGACGCGUUCUUCG